AUGGCGGAGCCACUUGAAAGGACGAAAGUGGUAAUUAGGCAUUUGCCUCCAUCUCUCACACAAUCUGAUCUCAUCCAAAACAUCGAUAACCACUUCGCUUCUCGCUACAAUUGGUUCUCUUUUCGUCCCGGCAAUAACAGUCACAAGCAUCAGAGGUAUUCGCGAGCAUAUAUAGAUUUCAAGUCUCCUGAUGAUGUUUUCGAGUUUGCUGAGUUCUUUGAUGGACAUGUUUUUGUUAACGAGAGAGGUGCCCAGCAUAAAGCAAUAGUUGAGUAUGCACCUUCUCAGCGUGUUCCAAAGCCAAGUACCAAAAAGGAUGGUCGUGAAGGAACUAUAUAUAAAGAUCCAGACUAUCUUGAGUUCCUCAAACUCAUUGCAAAACCUCCUGAAAAUCUUCCUAGUGCAGAAAUACAAUUGGAAAGAAAAGAAGCUGAGCAAGCUGGGGCUAACAAGGAAACACUUAUAGUCACACCCCUGAUGGAAUAUGUUCGUCAGAAACGUGCUGUUGACAGUGGUAUGCAGGCAUCAUCGGCAGUGGUAAAAGUUAGCAGAAGAGCCAGAGCUGCUUUGGCGGGCAAGCCAGGCGCAGCCAAUACUAAACGAGGCUCUGAAAAGAAAAAGUAUAUUCAGAAGGACAAUGCCAAGGGUGCCAAUCGGAAAGAGUCGAAAGACAAGUCAACCUUUAUUGUCGUCCCCCGGCGAGAGGAUCAAUCAGCUGCAUCAAGUGUGAAAGGAUUUUCUGAAAUUGAAACGUGUCCCGUUUCUGGAAUCCCACUGACUUCUGACUCAGGAAAGAAAAAAAUCCUUCUUUUGAAAGGAAAACAGCGGGAAAUUCCCAAUGCCACAGAGGGUAUGGUAAAACAGCAAAAUGUUCAAUCUGGAAAUUCUUCUGUUUCAACUACUGGAAAACAUAACCAGAGGCGUGAAGCUGGUGGAAGGUUGAUUAGGAACAUACUUCUAAAUAAUGAAGCUCGUCAAAGUCAGUCUACAACGGGUACACAACAUAAGAUUCAAAUCUUAAGUUCUGAGAAUGGGAAACGAACAGCACGUCAUUUCGGUGCAAGGUCUGGGUUAAAUGAUGUAGUCUCUAAUCAUGAUGCUGGUCAAGUUAAUUCUGUAGCGGAUUCUAAAAGGGCUUUGGAUGAAAAGUUCGUAAAAAGGGAUCUGCAUGGUUUGGGUAGUAUGGCUGAGAAAACAGAAAAACGUACAAGAAACAAGGAUAGACCUGAUCGUGGUGUUUGGGCCCCCCUUCAUCGUUCUGAUGUUUCACAUGCUGGUAUUGAGAACUUGUCAUCCUCAUUGGCACAGCCUACUCUCUCAAAUCCUGAGUCAGUUGGAGGAGAAGUAAGAGAAAAUGUUCCUUUGGGAAACAGGAGUGGGGAAUCCUCAGCUUCUGCAGGUGGACAUAGCAGUCCCUUUGUUGAGAAUGGUUCUCAAAGAAAUUUUACUCGCAGAGGAGCGUCCUAUAUGGUGAAGGAUGAUGGUGCAGUCAGCUUGGGUGAAGGGAAACCUUCCAAGAAAGGAGUUGCUGGGCAUAGUGCUCAUGAGAAACAAGUUUGGGUUCAGAAAUCAUCUUCAGGGUCUUAAAACAUCUGUUUUAAUGGACACUCACUCAGGGCUAUAAUUCCUCGAAGUUUUGACGGGAUAAUUCCUGCUAUGUUGAGCUACGGUCUCCGUUUAGGACAUCAUCCACAACUAAUACAGGUCAACCUGAGGCUGAGCGACUUGUAAAAAAGAUGAUCCAGUUGGUGCCUGGCGGAGCCUGCACAAUGAAGGGAAUGCAAAGUUACAGACCUUGUUGACAUGAUUAUCUACUGAAAACAGAUUGGCAUUGAUAACCAUGUUGGUGGGUUUCCCUUGUAUGGUUCGUGUCUCCUUAAAUUGUUGAAUAUUUCAGUUUUGGGUAAUGUUUUGUGUUUGGGAUGUAACUGUAAAGUACUUGGUACAUAUCAUGGGAUAGUAUGUUGGGGAGUGAAGCAUUUUGUCCCGUCCAGUGGAUAUGUAGCUGAGUAGCACUUUGUAUUCAAGGCUUAUACUUGAUUUUAGCGUGCACAUGAUCUACUUGUUAUUGUAAGGAUAUUAACAUGUCUUUGGUACGCCAGAAUCAAUCAUCUCCUGUUCCU